GAUCGCGGCCGUGUGCUCCGCUUCCAGCGCCCAUUGACGCCCUGCGACCCUGGUCUGCCGCAGAAUAGCCAAGACCAAACACGUCGUGCGUCAGGUACCACUAGCUUCCAGCCCUUUCCGAACCACUCCAUAAAGACUCCCACCGUGCCCAGGCCCUCAGCAUGUCAUAUUUGGAGCGUCUCUCGUCGUUGCGCCUGCGCAACUCAGGCCCGGACUCUCCCUUUGUCGCCAUGAACAACCUCCCCUUCUCUGGGGGUGACGUGAUGGAGGCCUUCAAGAAGCUACCGCCUCACAGCUCGCAUCCGGACUUCCCCCAUUUGUGUCUGCUCGUCUUCGAAGCUGUGCUCGAAGUCGUGUGCGUUGCUUUGCCCGGAUACAUCGUUGCCAGGAUGGGCAUGAUGGAUUUGGAAUCGCAAAAGUUCCUAGCAAACCUCAACACCAUGCUCUUCACGCCAUGCCUCAUCUUCACCAAAUUGGCAUCCCAGCUUACCGCCGAGAAGCUCGUCGAGCUCGGUGUCAUUCCUUUCAUCUUCGUCGUCCAAUGCCUUGUCUCAUACCUAAGCUCCUUCGCUAUAUCCCGCCUCUUCGGCUUUAAGCUACGAGGCCGGAACUUUGUCACUGCCAUGGCCGUCUUUGGCAACUCAAACUCUCUUCCUAUAUCUCUAGUUGUCUCCUUGUCCAAAACACUCUCAGGCCUGCAUUGGGACAAGAUACCCGGCGACAAUGACGACGAGGUUGCUGCUCGAGGCAUCCUGUAUUUGCUGAUCUUCCAGCAACUCGGCCAACUCGUCCGCUGGACUUGGGGCUACAAUAUCCUACUCCGCCCAGCGUCCGACUACACCGUCGAGGAGGGAGGCACCAAGCACGUGGACCACUUGGAGGGCAGCGAUGGGAACGACCCGGAGGCCCAGGCUCUUCUGGGAUCUCCUACCGAAUCUCACUCGGAUUAUGAGUCUGGUAACAUCACGCCACACAACAGGCACGGUUAUGCCUCCUCAUACUCCUCUUCAUCCUCGGGCUCAGUCGACGAACGUCAAAAUGUUAUACCUGAGCUAGACCCUACUCCCACGAACGGCAAUGUCCUUCCUAAGCGUCCUGUGGACUACAUAAAGAGAAACGCUAUCCUGAACGAGUCCAGCGGCCACAUGACGACCUUCCCAAGUCCGAACUCAACUACCGAUCUGCAACACAUACCCAAAGGUCCAAAAGGGUGGUGGAUCAGGUUCAAGCAGGCAAUCACGCAGGCAUUCCUUUCGGUCAAAGACGGGAUCGCCUCCACUUCGCAGAAAGCGUUCUCAACCCUUCCCGCUCCCUUUCAGAAAGUGCUGGCGAAAACGUUUUCUGUUCUUUUCGGCUUCCUCUGGCUAAUCUGGGAGGGAAUGAACCCACCGCUUUGGGCCAUGUUGGCAGCAAUUAUCGUUGCAUCCAUCCCGAAACUCCAGCACGUGUUUUUCGACCCGGGCACAUUUAUCAGCAAUUCAGUGACACGCGCGGUCAGCCAGUCAGCCGGUGUUGCCGUUCCUCUCAUUCUGGUAGUGCUCGGAUCAAACCUUGCCCGUAACACCCUCCCCAAAGAGGACGCCUUCAGUUCCGAGGACCCCAAGGAAGAGAAGAAGCUUCUGAUUGCGGCCCUCGUCAGCCGCAUGCUCAUUCCCACCAUCAUCAUGGCGCCGAUACUUGCCGUUACAGCCAAGUACAUCCCUGUCAGCAUUCUAGACGAUCCCAUCUUCGUCAUCGUCUGCUUCCUCCUCACUGGAGCCCCUAGCGCACUUCAGCUGUCUCAAAUCUGCCAGCUCAACAACGUCUACCUAGGAGCAAUGUCAAAGCUUCUCUUCCAGAGCUACAACGAAGCCUCUUCAGUUGCACUUCACUUACUUGUAGCCAUGGCAUCUACCAAUGAUGGAUCGCCUGCGCAUGAUCAGGAUGCCGCGCAAAGCUUAUCCCAAGACGACCCCCGCAGCUCCAUUGUAGAUGAAAGCGCGUCACCACGAUCCUCCGCAACCAAAGUCGUCUCCAUUGCUGACCCAGAGAGCAUUUCUCCGAUGAUGAAGGGCAAAACGACAGAAUUCGAACCAGGCAGCGAGUAUUCCGAUCUGGACAAGACUGCAAAGCAAUUUCGUGCUAGCGUCAGCGGAAAGCGUUUGUCAGGUCGACCCAGUGUGGACCCAAGGAGGAAAUCUUCCGUAGCCACGCUUGGGAAUGAAGAGAUGGACUCGUCGAGCAGCCGCCCGCAAAGCCAUCAUGGACAUGAUAGUCUGAUCACCCAGAUUGGCGAUUGGCUCAAACUCGAGAAAGCAAGACGUGCGGCACGGAAAGCGAAACGUGUGGCUGGUCACCGAAGUACGCCGCAAGAGGCCGCAGCUGGUGAAGGUUCACUAGAAGAACAAGUGGGCACGCCAGGUGCUCAGGAAGAUAGACGAGACUCAGACUCCUCCGACGGCUCAGAUGCACUAGAGAAUCUGCAAGCUAUACUCGAGAAGAGCUUGAAUCUUGCUGUCCAAGAGCAGCGCCCGGGUUACGGUAGGAAAGCGUCGUCAGUCCGUCGAAUUCCAUCUGUUAUGAAGAUCUCCAAGAACACUGGCGCUUCGUCAGAUACGGAUUACGCCGACGGAGAUCCUGUUGUGCCCAGCUGUGAAGCAGUGCUUGAUAAUUCUAAGACUAUGGCAUACUCAGGCGGAGGAGCAGAAUCAGACGAGGAGGCUGGCAGCAGCAUGAAGAAUGCCGUCAAAGAGAAGGAAGCGUGGGCAACCUUCAAGUUUGAGAUUGUCAGACUUGCCCAUACUCUACGCUUGAAGGGUUGGCGCAAGGUCCCUUUGGAGCGAAGCAAUGAGGUCGAAGUUGAACGACUGAGUGGCGCGUUGACGAAUGCAGUCUACGUCGUUGUUCCACCAAAGAAUUUGCCUUCUCGAAAGGACCAGAGCGCGGAGUCAAUCCCACAUCCCAGGAAUCCUCCCCCGAAACUUCUCCUUCGUAUCUACGGUCCACAAGUAGAACAUUUGAUAGAUCGUGAAGCCGAGCUUCAGAUUCUCCGACGAUUAGCCCGCAAACGUAUCGGCCCUCGACUUCUCGGUACCUUCACCAAUGGUCGCUUUGAGGAAUUCUUUCAUGCGCAGACACUCACUCCCAAAGACCUUCGCGUGCCAGAUACAUCCAAGCAGAUUGCUAAGCGAAUGCGCGAGCUCCACGAAGGUAUUGAGUUGUUACCUACAGAACGCGAGGAAGGCCCAUUUGUGUGGCGAAACUGGGACAAAUGGGUCGAGAGAUGUGAGCAGGUCAUUGCAUGGCUGGACAAGCAGGUCAAAGAUGGCGAGUCAAAGGCAGACGACCCAGCAGCCGAAGCAAUCAAGAAGCGAGGGUUCAUCUGCGGUGUUGAAUGGCCUGUUUUCAGGCAGACUGUUGAGAAGUAUCGAAAGUGGUUGGAUGAGCAAUAUGGAGGGCCUGGGAAGGUCAACGAUAGGCUGGUGUUUGCGCAUAACGACACGCAAUAUGGCAACAUCCUUCGACUCAUUCCGGCCGGAGAAUCACCUCUCCUGCUCCCUAAGAACGAGCACAAACAACUCGUCGUCAUCGACUUCGAAUACGCUAGCGCCAACUUGCCCGGUCUAGAGUUCGCCAACCACUUCACCGAAUGGUGCUACAACUAUCACGACGCCACCGCUCCCCACCUCUGCAACACAAAACACUACCCAACCAUCGAAGAACAACACCGCUUCAUCCGAUCUUACCUCCUGCACAAUCCUACCUUCAAAGGCCCCUCGGCCGCUUCUUCCCAGCCUCCCACCCCCAGCCUAGACCCAGGCACGCCCUCUGUCCGCCCUUCUAACCCCGGUGGCACUCCCACCGCAUCCCUUGCCACCGCCGCUCCCUCGUCUUCGAUCUCUGCCUUCAUGCUCGACUCCCGCGCCCCACCAACCUCCUACGCCGAGAGCGAAGAGAAGUCAGAGAAAGACACCGAAGCGGAGAUUCAGCGGCUGAUGGCCGAGACGCGGCUCUGGCGGCUUGCCAACUCGGCGCAGUGGGUCGCGUGGGGGAUUGUGCAGGCCAAGGUUCCCGGACUACCCGAUUGGGAUGAUGAGGGCAAGGCGAAGGGUGGGGAGGAGGCAGAUGCGAGUCCUGAGGGGAAGUUGCUGGAGAGUGCAUUGCUGGAGGUCAAGGAGGCAGCGAAGAAGGAGGCUGAGGAGGGGGACAAGGAGGAGGAGGAAGAGGAGUUUGAUUAUCUGGCGUAUGCGCAGGAUCGGGCGUGGUUCUUCUGGGGAGAUGUUGUCAAGCUUGGGUUGGUGAGGGUGGAGGAGCUGCCCGAGGGGGUGAGGGAGAUGGCGAAGGAGAAAAUGGUGGAGUACUAAGGUGAGUGUUGGUGCUGGCAGAAGAGCAUAGAUGGAGGAGGGGCUGGGUAAGAGGUCAGAGGUAGGUCAUAGGUAGGCCUUGGGUAAAGUCGGAGGGUUUAGGUGGCUUUGGAGGCUCUGUAGCAUUAUUUACAUCAACGGCCUUCUUCCAGUUUUCGACUCUUCGCGCGGGAUCAUGCGAAGUGUACACUGAGAGGCGAACUCUCACGCGCCCACGGGGAUGGGCGGUCGCCGUGCAUUUCUUUAUCACUACUUGGCAAAGCUUCGAUAGAUUCUUAAGAAUAACUAGGUAUCGAUAUUAGAAACAGGCAAAUUAAAUCGGCC